GCGGCGCGGCGGAGCCCGAGCUGGUCUCCAUGAUCGUCAGCCACCUCAAGAGCCAGGGGCUCUUCGACCAGUUCCGCCGCGACUGCCUGGCUGACGUGGACACCAAGCCCGCCUAUCAGAAUCUGAGGCAGCGCGUGGACAACUUCGUUUCCAACCACCUGGCCACGCACACCUGGAGCCCGCACCUCAACAAGAACCAGCUGAGGAAUAACAUCAGGCAGCAGGUGCUCAAGUCUGGAAUGUUGGAAUCUGGAAUUGACAGAAUUAUUUCUCAGGUUGUGGACCCAAAGAUCAACCAUACAUUCAGACCUCAGGUGGAAAAAGCUGUCCAUGAAUUUUUAGCUACACUGAAUCACAAAGAGGAGGCAGGCCCCAGUACAACUCAAAGUGAGGACAAAACAGAUGCUUCAGUUACAGUACAAGGUGUCUCUACUACAACUCCUAGUGGCAAUGUAGCUAGUGAUGCAAUGUCCAUUUUGGAAACAAUAACUUCUCUUAACCAAGAAGCAAGUGCUGCCAGGGCUUCAACAGAGAACUCAAAUUCCAAGAACAGUGACAAAGUUGCUAAAAGACUCUUAUCUCAGCACAGUGUUGAUGGUAGUGCUGAGAGAGAGAAAAACACAGAGGACUUGCAAGACAGAGAGAAAGCAACUUCUGAUGUUUCUGGAGAAGGAGCUGAAACGCUUGCAAAGUGUGAAGAUUCAAAUGAGCUUCCCAGCCAAAGUGAAGAAAUAAAAAAUUCAGCAAAGGAUACCAAUAGUUUGACUAAUACAAGUAAAGAAAUACAACAGGAAAGUGAAGAUCAAAAGAGUAAAUUAAUAGAUAAAUGUGACAAGAAACCAGACAGCAGUGAGAAAGGUGAAAGAAGAAAAGAAAAGAAAGAGAAACCUGACAAGAAGUCUGACCACUCAAAGAAAAGUGAUGAUACUACUAAGUCAAAAGAAGAAAAGCAAGGGAGAGAGUUGGAACCAGCAAAACAGCUAGUCCCAGAAAAAAAUAGCAAUAAACAUAAAACAGCUGACAGCACUAAAGAAGAACAUGUAUCAAUAGAUUCGGAUUUGGAUGUACUCAGUGACAUCACUGUCAGCUCUGUCCAUACCAGUGACCUUUCUUCCUUUGAAGAAGAGAGUGAAGAGGAAAAUGAAAUUUCUGACAGUACUGAAGAAGGGGAGAUCACAUCAGAUGAUGAAGAGGCGAAAAACAAUCAAAGUAAGACAAAGCCUCAUUCUAACGAGAUGAGUGACGGGAAAGCCAAGCCUGUUCGUCAUGCUUAUGUUCGAAAGCCUUUUUUGUACUCCAAAUACUUCAGUGACUCUGAUGAUGAGCGAACUGUAGAGCAACGCCGACAAUCCAUUGCCAAAGAAAAAGAAGAGAGACUCCUAAGAAGACAAAUCAACAGGGAGAGACUUGAAGAAAAACGUAAACAGAAAGCUGCAGAAAAAACGAAGUCCCUAAAAAGUGGAAGUCAGAAUGCUAAAGGAAAAAGUGGUUUGAACGUAGAAGAACCUUCAGCAAGAAGUCUCGAGACAAAAGCUACUGGUACCAGCAUUAAGGAUGUGCUUAAAGAACAGAAAUUCUUAGAAAAAAAAGUAGCCUUGAGCAGAAAAAGAAAAAGAGAUUCAAGGCAUGUUGAAGAUAGUUGGAAGAAGAAAUGUGAGCCAACUGAUGAGGAUUCUAAAGAAAUUCAAAAGACAAAUGAGACUUGUGAAAGAAAUUCUUCAAAAGAAUUAAAGCAUAAUCAUGGGAAAAGUGAAAUCUCUAAACCACUUAGAAGACUUUCAGAAUCGGUGCAUUCAACUGAGGAAAGCAAAAAUGAUUCUAAAGUGGAAAAAGAACAUAAAAGAAAAACCUCUACCUCUCUUCAGGCUGAAGGAACCCAGCAGGACAGUGAAACAAGGGAUCCAAAAAAACUGGAUAGAGCAGAAGUUAAUACUGAAGAACCACAGAAGCAGAAAACCACAUUAAAAAAUGAAAAGCACCCCAAGAAAGAUAGUGACACAGAAAUUCAACAUACAAGAAAUUCUGCCAGAAAAGAAGCCAAGUCUUACAGAGAUAAAAAUGAAAAGGAAAUAACUGCUGUAGAAGAUAAAGUUUCUUUAAAGCACAAACAUAAAGGAGACAAUGCUCAUAAGUCAGGUGAAGAUGUUGAACUCCAUUCUUCUGAGAGAAGUUUGAAAGGUGAGGAUGGUGCUCAGAAACAUAAUCAACAAAUAAAGGUUUCCACGGAUGACAAACCUGAAAGAAAAAGUAAACACCGAAGUGAACGGAAAAUAUCAGUGACUGGAAAAGAUGGAAAAAAUAUUUCUGAACAUACUUUAAAAACUGAAGAGUUGCUGCGUAAGGAAAAUAAAAAAGACAAGCAUUUCUCAACAGAAAAAUCAAGAGCAGAAUACAAGUCCAAAAGGUCACUGAGUGAUCCUAGGCCACAGAAGGAUUCCCUAAGUGCCUCAAAGCAACUUGCUUCUGCUUCACAAAAAAGGAGUGAAAGUUACUCAGAAGAUAAGCAUGAAAUAAAAUCAACUAAUUCUGAAUGUAAUUUGAAACAAGAAGAUGGCAUUCAUAAAGACAGACGAAGAUCUAAGAGCCUUGUAGAAGACAAAACUUUAAUAAAGUCUAAGUCAAAGAGUCAUAAUAAACAACUGAAAGCAUCUGAAACUGAAUUACAGGAAAAUUCAGCAAAACAAGAGACUAGUCAGAAACAGGACAAAGAUAAGAGUAUGGAAGAGAAUGAUUCAGAUAAGCAACACAAAUCUAAGAAUGAAAAUAAAGUUUUUGAGGAGAGUGGUGCUGAUACUGAAAAUGAAAGUGGCAUACAAUCAACUCAGGGAUCACAAAAAGACUUCAGUCACCGAGUUAAGUUACAUUCUGGAGAAAGAGGAUCUGUUAAAGAGAAAUGUAGAGGUGAUAAAGAUUUAAGUAACUCCAAACCAGAAAGAAGGUUCUCCGUUGAAGGUCACAAAAGCAGAAGCUUAAAGCACAGCAACAAGGAAAUGAAGAAGAAGGAUGAGUGUGUCAAAUUGGAGGAUAAAGAUGUUAAAGAAGUGGACAGUGGGCAUGAGAAAGUGUUGGGCAUCACAGUAGCAACGGAUAAAAAACAAAGUAAAAAGAUACCCUGUGAAAACAGAAAAGGCAAUGUGUCAAACCAAGAUUUGCUUGGAGAGGAAAAGCAGUCAGCUGGCACAACUGUAAGUAGCCAUACUCCAGCCCCUCAGAAGUCAAGUGUGAAUAGUGAUGGUGUGUAUUCUGGUCAUGAGGGAGAGAUGAUGGAACUUGAUGUGGAAGAAGCAAAAGUACAAGAAGCAUCUAAAAUUGAAGGAAAAAGCAUUCUAAAUGCACUCCAAGCUGCAGAUGCCAAGUACACACCAAAAGACAAAAAUGCUCUCCCUGUUUCAAGUAAGGAAUUAAAACACAGUGUGGCAGAUCUUGAAGCUUGUGAACCACAGGCUGCAGUUGAAAAAACUGUUAAACAAGAUAUCCCUAAUAAGCAAGUUGGUGCCUUAGACGCUUUGUCCAAACAAGUUUCCGUGGAUCAAGGACACAAUAAGCAAGGGGCUUAUAAAAUGAGUGCUGUGCAUGAAACAAGUCGUAAAAUCUCGCUGAACACAUCCAGUAAAGAUGAAACUUCAGAAGGCAGCAGAAAACCAAAGAAUUUUAAAGCUGUGAUAAAUUCUAAUUCAGAUAACGUUCCUUUAGCAGGUAAUUCUUCCAAAGAAGAUGCUGCUGAUGCAAAGUCCAUGGAUAUGGAUAUCUCAGAUUUUACAGAUUCCUUGGGUAGUAUGUCUAAAGAGGAAUGCCGUAAUUUAGAUGGAACUUCUUUAUCUGAAGGUGCUUUCAUUUUGAAGAAUGAUGCAGCACAGGUUGUAUACAUGGAACAACAAGAUAGUGCAAUGCUGAGUUCUGUCAUGAAAGAUGAUGAUGGCAACAACACUAUGACAAACAAUAUAGAAAAAGAUAACGAGGUACCACAGCCUGAUGAGCAGGCAAUGGAAGACAAUACAACUGGAUUACCUGUUAAAGGUUAUGACAAAUCAGCAAAGUUAAAAAGCACUCAAAGAAGUGAGUUGAAAAUAAAAGAGGAAAGUGUGGUGACUGAUGUGACUGAAGACUGUGGAGACGUAAAAACAAAAGGACAUCUCCUAAAAAAAAUAAAAAGAAAAGAAAGAGAGUGUUUGCAAACAGACCAUUCCACAAAGGGAGAGAGGAGCGCAAUGGUGGAUAACGUGAAAAAGAACGAGGUGCAUGAUGCUGAUGAUAUGAUACAAUCUUCCUCUGUGUUAGUGCCUAAAAGAGUUCCUGAAGAAACAGUCAAAGGCUCUGUUGUAGCCAUUAGGCAAGAAGGGAAUGGUGUGAUUGUCACAGAAGAUAAAAAUGAAAGCAAUGCAGUAGGUACCAGCGCAGGAAGCAGCAAACUUAGUUUGUUGUACAGCAGCCUGCAAACAACUCCAGCCACUGUGAUAGGAACUAGCACAGAAAAGAUUGAGAGCACUGUAAUGGCCACUAGUACAGGAGAAGAAAGAACUGAGGGUGCAUCGCAUUCUGAAAAGGAAAGUGAUGCUACAACCACUUGCUCAGAAGAAGAAAGUGAGGUGGCAUUAAUCUGCACAAGCAUAGAAGCUGAUGAAGGUUUCACAACAGGCGUAUGGGUAAAAAGUAGUGAGGGAGGCAGUUUCAUCACGGGAGCAGAUAUUGGUGAGUGUACAGUUGCAGCAGCAGAAGAAGGCGGUGGCAGUGUUGUCACUGAAGGGUUAGCAGAAAGUGAAAGUUUCCUAACAAGUACAAAAGAAGAAAAUGGUGAUUGUACUAUGGUUGAUGCAGAAGAAAGUGGUAAGGAUUCAGUCAAUGCAAGUGGGGCAGAAAUUGAAGAUAGUGUGAAUAGCGCUGGGACAGAAGAAAAAGAUGAUGCUGUGACUAGUGCGGGCUCUGAAGAAAAGCGAAAAACCUCAGCUUGUGGAGAUGCAAGCAAAUUUGAAAGUUCUGUGUCCUGCUUAGGUGAAGUGGAGAGCGAUGGCGCUGUAACUAGUGCGGGGACAGAAACAGGUGAAGGAUCAACAAGUGGUGACAGUACAGCAGAAUUUAGGGUCAGUAAGAGAGCUGGCCGAGUAAAAGAACAUGAAGGUACUGUAACUUGCACAGGUGCAGAAGAAAGAGGUCAUAACUUCAUUAUGUGCUCAGUGACUGGUACAGAUGCCCAAGGAGAAAACACUGUAAGCGGGGCAUGUGUUGCAGUGGUCACAAAUAAUGAUGCUACAACUGGAACUAAUGGUGACAAAUCUGAGGAUACAAUAAAUGGUGAAAGUGCAGUGACCAGCACAGGCAUAACUCCAGAAGAUGAUGCUGAAAUUUCAGCAGUCUGCACAGGACUAGAGGACAGCAAUGAAGGGUGUGCAGUUUCUUUAGAUGCUGAAAAAUGUGAAAGUCUAAUGGACAGCACAAGGACAAAAGAAGAAGGCAGUAUCGCUAUGGUUAGCAUUGGUUCAUGUGAUGAUGAAGGUUUUGUGACUAGUACAGGCUCAAAAGAAGAGGAUGAAGAAGAUGAGGGUGUUGUGACCAGUACUGGAAGAGGAAAUGAAGAAAUUGAGCAUGCUUCUACUUGCACAGGAAUGGAAAGUGAAAAUGCACUGAUCUGUAUAGGUGCAGAAGAAGGUGAAAGUUCCAUUAUCUGCAUAGUUGCUGAACAAAUGGAAGCUGAGUCAGGAGUGGCUGGCACAAAUGUAAAUAAGCUUAUGGUUGACAGUAUGACGGGUGCCGAGAAAGAAGCUAGUCAUGGCACAAACAGCAAAAAUGCCAAAGGAAUUGUUGAAAGUAGUGUAACCAGUGCAAGUGCUGCCGAUGAGGGUGCCAUGGCUGCACAUAUAGGAAAACUUGAAGGUACCCUCAUUCCCCUGGAUGCUGAAGAGUGUGAGGGCCCCAUGACUAGUGCUAUGGCACUGCAGGAUAAGGGUCAGCCUGGUGCUGAAGAAGGACAUGAGAUUGCCAUGACUUCUUUUGGUAGCAGGGAACCUGAUGGCUCUAUAAGUAGUGCCAUUCCAAAGGAAGAUGACAACUCUCUUAUUUCUCCUGACAGAGAGGAAAAAGUUAAAGGUGAUAUUAUUUCCACCAGUACAGUGGAAGAAAGUGAUGCUCCCUUACAUUCAGCCAUGGAUGCUGAGGAAGGUCCACUUGCUGUUACAAGAGCAAAUGAAAGUGGGGAAAGCUCUAUGGUCUUAGCAGACACCGAAGACACAGAGGUGCCCAUGCCCAGUACAGCUACAGAAUUUAAAGAGAGUGUGCAUGCUUCUAGCAGCAAGCAGGAGAAAGAUGAGUGCACAAUGAUUUCCACCAGCAUUGUGGAAGAAUUUGAGGCUCCUAUGUCAAGUGCCACUAUUGAAUAUGAUGGUCAGCUCCCCUCUGUGAAAACGGAAGAAAUAAGUGAGAAUACUAUGGUUUCUAUAGAUAUGGAAGUAUAUGAUGUUCCCAUGCCCAGUGCAUCCAGUGUGGGAGGAGAUGAUGAUGAUGAAAGUCGCCCAACUGCUAGCAGUAAAGAAGAAAAGGAUGAGUGUGCUAUGAUCUCCACAAGUGUUGUAGAAGAGCAAGUAAUCCUAAUGUCAGGUGAGACAGUUCUCUCAGAAGAGGCAGUUCAGCAUGUCUCAGACACAGAGUCAAAAAAUGAAACAGUAAUGAUCUCCACAAGUACAGAAGAAUGUUUUGAAGCUCCUGUGUCUAGUGUAGCUGUGCAAGAUGAAAAUAAACUCACUGCUUCAGAAACAGAAGGGAGGUACGAAGCUGCUAUGAUCACGACAAGUAUGACAGAAGAAUGUGAGAUAGUCCUGAUCAGUGCAGCACCACAAGCUGAAAGUCAGCUUCUUGUGGCAGGAGAUGAAGAGACCAUUCUCUCUCCAAAUGCAUCAGAGGAAUGCAAGAUCGUGGAGACCACUGCAACUGUAGAUGAAGAGUUUGGACUAGCUGCUUUCAAUACAGAUACAAAGAGUGAAGGUUCUGUGAUUUUUGUGGGAGAAUGCGGAGCUCCUAUGCUGAGGGUUGCCACCAACAGUGAAGAUCAACAUGCUGCUUCAAGUAUGGGAGAUAAAGAGGAAGGGGCAGUGAUCACUCUGAGCACAAUGGAAGAAUGUGAUAGUCUCUUCACCUUUACAGUCAUAGAAGAAAGUCAACUUGCUGCUGAGAGUACAGAAGUAAAAGACAAAAGUGAGGACAUUUUUAAUACUGCUAACCAAAUUGAAUGCAUCCUAUCAACCACAGGCCCAGAAAAAAGCAAUAAUUCCUUGCUUGUCAUUGGUAGAGAGAAUGAGGCCCCUGAGAGUGUUGUGCAGGAAGAAUCAGCAGCAUCUCAGACUGCUGUAGACAGUGAAGUCACAGAAACGGAUGAAAAUUCGGUGAACCUCAUGAGUGUAGAUGAAGCUCUUUGUGUGGAGAUCAGUACAGAGACUGCUGUGAGUGCAAGUCCUUCCUCAGAGACAAAUGAGGAUGACGAGCAAGCUGAAGAUGAGUUGCAGGCAGAUGUUACAUCAGAACUCUCUUGUAUGAUUUCAGAAGCAGCAGUAGAGAGUGAAACUCUACAGAAUGCAAACUGUAAAUUUAACUCAAAUUCGCUUUUAGAAAGUGACUUUUCUGAAACAAGGACUCCGCUGCCUAGGGCACAGGCGCUUUCCUUAGUUUCUGCAAGUGAAGUAACUGUAAAUAACAGCCAUGGUGAAGUGACUGUAGAAGCAGAAUUAGGGGAAAAAAAUGACUUGCCUGUGUUGCAUGUGGAAGAACUAUAUGGCAGUGAUGACAAAACGAACUUGGUCAAAAUAGAUGAGAUUGGGAUUGAAGUUACUUUUCAGAAAAGUAAUACAACACUUAAUUCAGGCAAUAAUGCAGCUUUACCAAAGUUGGCAGAAGAAGUAGAACUUGAAACUAACUUGAAAACUGAAGAGCCACAACAGCCUGAAAGUCCAAGGAAUGAAGAAGUAUAUGUGGAUCUUCAUAUUAAAGAGCUACAAAAAGUAGAUUUGCCACAGAGGAAUAUUGCUCUAGGAAGAGAAACUAUUCACGUGGAAAACGUGGAUACCAAGAUAACUGAAGAACAUAGAUCUAAAGGAAUACAAUGUAAAUCUUCAGGAACAGUAGAUAAAGAAAAAUGCAACCAGCCGAUUGCUCAGGAUGUGAGAAAAGAUGAUGAACAAAGUCAGUGUUCCAAAACAGAACCUAAUAACAUCAAGACAAUGCAGGAAGUUACUUCAGGUGAUACAGCAGAAGUGUCCAAAGAAAUUGAUGCAGCACAUACACUUCCUGGAAACGCUGUGGAAGUAAAAGAUAAAUCCAGCAUUGAGCAGGAAAUGUCUGAGAAGAUGAAGCGGGGUCUAGAAUCAAAUGAAAAUUCUGUAGAGGAAAAUCAACCUGUCAUAGUGAAACGGAAAAGAGGAAGACCUCGUAAAUACCCUCUCGAAGCUGCGCAGCCUGGUGGUGGGGAGUCAAAAGCUGAUAUGAGCAGUGGGAAUCAGUCUCCAGCCUUUGCAAGUAAAGGGAAAAGUCCUCAAACAGGUACAGACUUAUCAAAUAAGAAAGAAACAACAAAUGAAGAUGAAGCUGGGAAAGCAGAUAUGGCUGUGCGUAAAAGAGGGAGAAAGCCCAGGCGUUCUCUGGCUCAGUCAGAGGAAACUGAAACGCUGGAGCCAGAAAGAAAACGUCGGAAAUUAACAUCGUCUGAAGAGGAUGUAAGAGAGCAGGAGGAAGGGGAGGAAGAAGAGGAGGAGGAAGAUGAUGAAAUGCAUUCUGGGUCCACAACUAGACCAGCCACAAGAUUAGAGGCUCAAAGAAAGCAGCCCAGCAAGCCAACCACACGUGCAACUUCUAAAGGCAGCAGUCCAAGUUCAGUUUCUCCCAGAAAACAACAGAAGCUAGCAGCAAAAAAAAGAUCUCCAAGUGAUACAAAAAUUACUAAAUCUCCUCCAUUGACACAGUUAAAGGUGCAGCCUACUAAGCGUAAAAGGGAAGGCAGCCCAACAGUAGUACGGAGAAAAGGCCAGCAGAAGACAGAGGAGACACCAGUAAAGAAAGCUAAACGAUAAUCUUUACCAACUGGUACUCUUCGUGGAAGAGUCAAAAGGAAGAAAAAAAAAAUCUGUGCUUCUAUUUUUUUUAAAGCAAAGGGAUUUGCACGUGCUUAUUUCAGAGCUCUAAGUUAAUUGAUGCAGUACUUCUAAGUUACAUUUUAAACAGCUUUAUAAACUAUUGUUUAUACAGAAUAUUAUGUACAUUUAUUUCAAAUGAAAAAUAAGUUUACUUUGUAUCUGAAUGAAAAACAAAGUAGUUAUAUAUUUUAUCACUGACUUGGAAAGUUGGGGAUACCCAAUGUGACGUGCUAAUGCAGAUGCUUCCAACCCACGAGGCACCCUUGGCCUACUAAUACACUUUGUACAUAAACUUGUAAAAAUAGGUUGUAUUUUACUCUGUGUAUGAAUCUAAUCGAUUAUGGACAUUUUAUUUAUUAUAUGGAAAGCAUUGGUCUGUAAACUUUAGUAUAUACCUUAGGUUUUUUUAAUUAUAUAUUUUACAUUCUAUGCAGAUGUCAGUAGGAAACUUUCCCUCCACUCUCCUGGGGCUGUUUAAAACCUGAAGUUCUCUAAAAUAUGCUCAGACAGUUGGUAAAGUAUUUUUCUCGCAUGCAUUAAAGUAGUUUAGCAUAGAGAAAGGGAUUUGGCUCCUUUCGGUUCACAUUUGUGACAAAGUAUAAAACUUAAAAUGUAAUCUUACUGGAUUAUAUUUUCACUCGUGAAUUUACUACCAACCUCAAGAAAUAAAUUGUACUAGCUUAGAUUUAUUCAGUCAGCCAACUCUACCCUGAAACGAAACAGUUUUAUUUUGCAACUAAACACCUGUUCUUUCAGUAUUUGUCUCUUUCAACAAAGAAGAACCCAUUGAAAUCAAAUGUCACUUCUCCUAACGAUAGAGCUUCAGCAUUUUAUGUUACGUUUUAUACACAGGUAUUAAAAAUAGAACCUGGUAUUAUUGCCAGAAUCUUUUUUUAAUGUAUAUUAACUCUGGUAAGAGCAAAUGUUCAAGUGAAGUUGUAUAUAAAGUUAAACUUUUCUUAUGAUCAAAUGUGUCUCUUGUACUGAUGUGAUGAGUUGCCAAACAAUCUGAGAUUAUUUUAUGCGUUUUGUCUAUAAUUACAAAGGAUUCUGGGGGGUUGGAAUUUUCCUUUAUUUUUUUCUCUUUUGUGGGUUGUUUUUGUUUGUUUUUUUUGAACUUGUUGUAAGGCAGAUGUUUCCGUCAGAUAUUCUGCUUGGUUUCUUACUGAGAUUUUUAUAUAAAAAUUAUAAAAUGUUUGCCAAAAA